AUGGAAGCCGGUUCUUCUCCGGGAGAGAACUGUUCUGUUAAAGUGGCAGUUCACAUCAGGCCUCUUAUAGGAGAUGAAAGCCUUCAGGGCUGUAAAGAUUGUGUUACUGUAGUCUCUGGGAAGCCUCAGGUGCAAAUUGGCACACAUUCCUUUACCUUCGAUCAUGUCUAUGGGAGUACGGGUUCUCCUUCUUCUACCAUGUAUGAAGAGUGUGUUUCUCCUCUUGUUGAUGGCUUGUUUCAAGGAUAUAAUGCAACCGUUCUUGCCUAUGGUCAGACGGGUUCAGGAAAAACAUACACUAUGGGCACUAGUCUUAAAGAUGGAUGCCAAACGGGAUUGAUUCCCAAAGUUAUGAAUGCGUUAUUCAGCAAGAUUGAAACUUUGAAGCACGAGAUUGAAUUCCAAUUGCAUGUUUCAUUCAUUGAGAUACACAAAGAGGAAGUCCGAGACUUGCUAGAUCCCAGUUCUGCUAGCAAAUCAGAGACAGCAAAUGGACAUGCAGGGAAAGUUACCAUUCCUGGGAAACCUCCCAUACAAAUUCGUGAAACAUCAGAUGGUGUUAUUACCCUUGCUGGAUCUACUGAUCGCAGCAUCAAUACGCUAAAAGAAAUGGCAGAUUGCCUGGAACAAGGGUCACUAUGCAGGGCAACAGGGAGUACAAACAUGAAUAAUCAGUCAAGUCGGUCUCAUGCCAUCUUCACCAUCACGGUGGAGCAGAUGCGUAGACUUCAUCCAGUUGUUUCUAGUGAUGAGAAUCUCAGUGACUGUAUGACUGAAGAAUAUCUUUGUGCCAAGUUGCAUUUGGUGGAUCUUGCUGGAUCAGAGAGAGCCAAGAGAACAGGCUCUGAUGGCCUCCGUUUCAAAGAAGGAGUUCACAUUAAUAAGGGCCUUCUUGCACUCGGUAACGUCAUUAGUGCACUUGGUGAUGAAAAAAAGAGAAAAGAAGGUGUUCAUGUACCAUAUCGGGAUAGUAAACUUACUCGACUACUGCAGGAUUCUCUUGGUGGCAACAGCAGAACAGUCAUGAUAGCCUGCAUUAGUCCCGCUGAUAUAAAUGCAGAAGAAACUCUUAAUACACUAAAAUAUGCCAAUCGUGCUCGUAACAUCCAGAAUAAGCCUGUGAUUAACAGAGAUCCGAUGUCCAGUGAAAUGCUCAAGAUGCGACAACAACUGGAGUAUCUGCAAGCAGAACUUUGUAUCCGUGCAGGAGGAGUUUCAUCAGAUGAAGUACAGGUUCUUAAGGAUAGGAUUGCUUGGCUUGAGGCUACCAAUGAGGAGUUGUGUCGGGAACUUAAUGAAUAUCGCAACAGCAGGAGCGGUAUCAAGCAAUGUGAUGCUGAUGCUAAUGUUGGUUGCAACUAUUCUGUAAAAACUGAAGAGCUCAAAAGGGGAUUGCAAAGUAUGGAGUCAUCUGAUUACCAGAUGAGUGAAAGUGGUGAUUCGGGAGAUAUUGACGAAGAUACAGUGAAAGAGUUGGAACAUACCUAUUUGCAAAAUACGAUGGAUAAAGAAUUAAACGAGUUAAAUAGGCGUUUGGAGCAGAAAGAGUCGGAGAUGAAACUUUGUGGAGGUAGUGGCACGACGGCUCUUAAGCAACACUUUGGAAAGAAAAUUAUGGAACUUGAGGAGGAAAAACGGACUGUCCAGCAAGAGAGAGAUAGACUGUUGGCAGCAGUUGAAAAUCUUUCUGCUAAUUCUGAUGGACAAGCACAAAAGUUGCAGGAUAUGCAUUCUCAGAAACUAAAAGCACUUGAAGCACAGAUACAAGAUCUUAAAAGGAAACAAGAGAAUCAGGUUCAGCUUUUAAAGCAGAAACAGAAAAGUGAUGAAGCAGCAAAAAAAUUACAAGAGGAAAUUCAAUGCAUCAAGGCACAAAAGGUUCAAUUGCAACAUAAGAUUAAACAAGAAGCUGAACAAUUCCGACAAUGGAAAGCAUCUCGAGAAAAGGAACUAUUGCAGUUGAGGAAGGAAGGGAGAAGAAACGAGUAUGAAAGGCAUAAACUGCAAGCUCUGAAUCAGCGACAGAAAAUGGUUCUUCAGAGAAAGACGGAAGAGGCUGCAAUGGCUACCAAGAGGCUGAAAGAGUUGCUAGAAGCACGUAAAUCGUCAGCUCGUGACAAUUCAGUGACAAGCAACGGAAAUGGAUUGAAUGGGCAGAGCAAUGAGAAAUCCUUGCAACGUUGGCUGGAUCAUGAGCUAGAAGUCAUGGUGAAUGUUCAUGAAGUUCGUUUUGAGUAUGAGAAGCAGAGCCAAGUGCGUGCUGCAUUGGCAGAAGAAUUAGCUGUUUUGCGACAAGUCGAUGAAUUUGCUUCAAAGGGUGUUAGCCCCCCUCGGGGUAAAAAUGGAUAUUCUAGGGCAUCUUCAAUGUCCCCUACUGCAAGAAUGGCAAGAAUCACUUCUCUAGAGAACAUGCUCAGUAUUUCAUCAAAUUCACUUGUCGCAAUGGCUUCACAGCUUUCGGAGGCAGAAGAACGAGAUCGUGCUUUCAAUAGCCGUGGGCGCUGGAAUCAGCUGCGUUCUAUGGGGGAUGCAAAAAACUUGCUCCAAUAUAUGUUCAAUUCUCUGGGGGAUACAAGGUGUCAAUUGUGGGGAAAGGAAAUUGAAAUCAAGGAGAUGAAAGAGCAGCUGAAGGAACUUGUAGGUUUAUUGCGACAGAGUGAAAUCAGAAGGAAGGAAGUUGAGAAGGAGCUAAAAUUGAGAGAGCAAGCUGUAGGCAUUGCAUUGGCAUCAACACCUCCAGAUAACUCUCACAAACAUGUAGCUGAUGACAUGGGCAGUCCUUUGUCGCCAAUACUUGUGCCAGCUCAGAAACAACUCAAAUAUACAGAAGGAAUUGUUAAUGGUUCAAUCAGAGAGUCAGCUGCCUUCAUGGAUCAAACACGAAAGAUGGUGCCUAUUGGACAGUUGUCGAUGAAGAAAUUAGCACUUGUCGGGCAUGGUGGGAAACUCUGGAGAUGGAAGAGGAGCCAUCAUCAGUGGCUGUUACAGUUCAAAUGGAAAUGGCAAAAACCAUGGAGACUCUCGGAAUUGAUUAGACACAGCGAUGAGACAAUCAUGAGGGGCAAGCCUCGUCCACAGUCUCUUCCAGAUGUUAUGGAUUUGCAUGGAAAUAAGUACAGGGUAAGGUAUAAGUGGCAGUCAGAGAAGUUUGCUUGUAGUCGGUAG